GAACUUGACAUUUAUUGAAGCAUUGUCUAAUAAGAAAGUGGCUUUUCUUCUGCACCGUCGUUAAAGAACUCAAAAUGCGUUUUAGAAGCCUUGGGUGUCUUUGGUUUUUAGUUUUAUUAUCACAGACAAUCGCCGUAGGAUGCGGCCCAGGAACUUUUGUUAAUUCAACCACUUUGGUUUGUGAAAAGUGUCCAAAUGGUACAUUUACGGAUCACGAAAAUGCUCAAAGCUGUUCGACGUGUAAAAGUUGUGUCGGGAGGAAUAAUGUGAUGGUUAAACCAUGCACCCCUACCUCAAACACCAAGUGUGAGUGCGCUCCUGGUCACUACUUCGACGCGUUUUUGAUUUGCCUCAAAUGCCAGCCAUGUAGACGAGGGUUUGGAUUUGUGAGCAACUGCACAGCAACAAGGAAAACAACUUGUGAACGUUGCGAAAAGGGAAAAACGUUUUCAAGUGGCAAGGGCUUUGCUUCUUGUAAACCAUGUAGUAAAUGUCAGAAAGGAGAGGUCGUUUUAGAGAAGUGCACUAGAAGGAAGGACACAAAAUGCAUACCGGAGAAAGAUAAAAAUAAUUCGAAACAGAAAGACUUGAGACCUGUACCCACCAAAUCAACCCUUCGAUUUGAUAGUGUGACAAAAUUAGCAAAGGACGAGCCGUCAACAUCUUCAUCAGGAUCCGAAUCAUUUUCAACUCUAUCCACGAAUGUACCAGUCGUAACGGGAGUAAAGGAAGAGAGUGAAUCCUCUGAAGAGGACGAAAUUGGCUUCCAGGCUGCCUUAUACUCUCUUAUUGCACUGCUCUUCAUCCUUGUCAUUGGUGCAAUGAUUUGUGUUUGGCAUAGGAGACGGAGCAGCAGAAAACGCCCAAAGAAGAGGGGCAAACCAGUAGAUUCAUGCGAGGAACCGAGUACAAGAACAAACUCGAGGGAAGUCGUUGGAGCAGUAGAAAAUCCCUACAGCUCUUUGCCCUUCAUUGGAGGACGACAUGGUGAUAAAAUGCUUCGAGACGUUUCUUACACCCUUAUUUCGGAACUAUCACAGUUUUUAAAUCCUGGAGACCGAUGGAAACAGCUGGGUGGACGACUCCAAUUCAACACUACCCAGAUCAAUAAUUUUGCUUUGGAUAAAAGAACAGCCACCGAUGCUAUGCUUGGGGAGUGGGGACAGAAAGACACUGCUACUGUUGUAGCGCUCAGAGAUACUUUCAGGGCCAUGAAAUGGUCGAAAGAAGCGAAUAUCACCGAAGCGUAUGUGUAGCUAAUGUUGUCGUAACUAAAUUGCAAUAUGUCCGUAAAUUAAAAGCAGUGAGAUCCUGCAGGCACUGCAGUUGUCUGUGAGCCGAAGUGCGAAACUUUCUUGGAGAAAUUUUAAUUAAGUUUGAGAAUCCUGUUGUAGUAAAGUCGUGUAUCAAAUUCAUAGUCGAAAUCCUACAACUCAAUAACGAAGACGUAGAAUUAUAGAAUCAGAUUAUAGAAUUGACAAAUAUGGUGUGUUUUAAAACUAUUUAAUUCAUAAAAUGAAAUCAAACCUUGUUUAUUACUUUUACAAUCAUUUUGAAUUAUUUGACGAGAUUCUCCUAAAAUUAUGAAACGGAAUGUUUACGAUGGCUUAUUUUGUCGGUUUGUCAAUGUAAAGUGUUCAAAAUUCCUUAAUUUAUUAUUAUUGUGGAAUACAAGUACGGACAAUCCUCAGAGGAGAUAAUAAAACGGGUGUGUCGUUCGUAAGUGAAAAAGAGAAAAACCGAAAAACUGGGUUUUAAAACCAGUGAACCACGACAAAAACAGUGACCUUUUAAUCGUCAAGAGGUGCUUAUCAACCAAACACGCUUUCGGCGAUAUAUAGAGAAAUGAAAUUGGUAUUUUAUGCCAUUUAGUAGUCACGUAGUUGACGGAAUUAAUAAGCAAUGUUAAAUUAAGAUAACGUAUGAGACACUUUCGCUUUAAUUUUGCUAUAGGUACACUUUUCAGAAUUUUGAGUGCGUUUGUUCUGAAAUUAGUGACAGUCAAUCAAACUGCGAUUUGUGAUUUACACAAAAGAGACACGCUAUGUUUUGCUUUCAGGUUUUCAGAUUGAUAAUAAUUCUGAAAGAGAGUUGAUGUUAUUUUUAAUUUUUCGUAUUUUUGGCGCCUUCUAUCAAUGAUCCGCUCGUUGUUUAAAAAAUUUGUUCGUAAAUUUGCACAAUAAUUUAUGCAUCGUGCAAAACGUGGAAACCGUUUGUGGUUACUCAUAGAAUGUAUAUUUUUGUAUACAGCUGUUAACGAAAUCGUUUGUAUGAAAAUAAUUUUUUUUUACGCAAAAAUUAAGAUGAGUAUUUUCUUACCUUGCUAAGAGAUAAGUUAAACAUUGUUUGAAAAUAAUUUUGUAUUCUCGAGUUAAAAUUUAAAGUAACUGAGCGCAUAAAUUUAUAAUCGCUCGAGUUUUUUGGCAAUAUUUUGACAAUUGCAUCUUGGCAUUGUUUCGUAUUCAAUGAAAUGGUAUUUAAUUUAUGGACAGUUUAAUACAAUAAUUAAAAAAGGUCAUCUUGCUAAUGCUUGACAGGCUUAAAGUACGUGAAUAUAAUUACGAACUUAGAUUCUUUUGGGAAAGAAACAGACAUUUUGAUGUUUGGUAAAGGCAAGCUAAGUCGGGGAACUGUUUUCUCUCAACCUCAGACAAACCUCUCACUUACUUUAGGGCCUGAAACAAUUGAAAAUUAUGUUACUGAUUAAUUGACAGAAUGUAAUGUUGCUACUGCUUUUGAGAAAGGAUGUUCAAGAAAGACAUAAUUACCGUUUGGUAAAUCCCGCUAAUGGGAUGAAGAGUUUGAAUAAUAUUAUCGUUAUCAAUGGUCGAAGACUUGAAAAAGGGAUAUUCCUGGAUGAAGUUUAAACAAUUUAUUACGUCAGAGACACAGUAAAGAUGCGGAUAUUGUGGUCUAGCUUGUCGUGCCAGUAAACUGGUGGCCUAAAUAUACACAUGAUAAAUUAGUACAGAAUACAUACGGGGCAAUUUAGCGAAAAAAAAAAAAAAAAAAAAAACUGCACUUUUGUUUUAACCAAUGGUCAAGCUGAGAAGAGCGAGAAAAUUGUGAUUUUGAAAUUUUUGUUGCUUGCCGAAGUAACGAAAUGAGUAAUUUGGUGGGUUCUCUCUCUUCAUGUUCCACGCUCGAUACAUUUAAAACAUUUGCAUAAUAGUAAAGACGAGGGGGUUGUAUUUAAGAGCGUAGAGAGAUCCUAUUUAAUGUAUAAUUUAUUGUGUCACGUUUAUUUUAAGCUUCUUGUAAGAAAUGUAUGAUUAUUUUUUUGUGACCCGUUUGUAAUAAAUUGAGAAAUGAA